AUGUCAGUAGUGGGAUUUGACUUGGGCUUUCAGAGCUGCUAUGUAGCUGUAGCCCGAGCUGGAGGAAUCGAGACAGUCGCCAACGAAUACAGCGACAGAUGCACGCCGUCAUUUAUAUCUUUUGGUCCGAGAAAUCGAUUAAUUGGAGCGGCAGCAAAGAGCCAGGUGGUGACCAACUGUAAGAACACAGUGCAAGGCUUCAAGCGCUUCCAUGGCAGAGCGUUCUCAGACCCAAUUGUUCAGGCAGCCAAGUCAAACCUGGUGUAUGACCUGGCCCAGAUGCCCUCAGGAGCCACCGGUAUAAAGGUGAUGUACAUGGAGGAAGAGCGAGUAUUCAGCGUGGAGCAGAUAACCGGCAUGCUACUGACCAAACUGAAGGAGACCGCGGAAAGCGCCCUGAAGAAGCCGGUUGUUGACUGCGUCAUCUCUGUACCGAGCUACUUCACCGAUCCAGAGAGGAGGUCUGUCAUGGAUGCAGCUCAGAUCGCCGGCCUUAACUGUCUGCGGCUGAUGAACGAGACCACUGCAGUGUCUCUGGCAUAUGGAAUCUAUAAGCAGGAUCUUCCAGCUGCAGAGGAGAAGCCCAGGAUAGUGGUGUUUGUGGACCUGGGCCACUCUGGCUACCAGGUGUCCGUUUGUGCCUUUAACAAAGGAAAGCUCAAGAUUCUGGCUACAGCGUUUGAUUCAGACCUCGGUGGGAAGGACUUCGACGACAUCCUGGUGAACCACUUCUGUGAGGAGUUCGCAAAGAAGUACAAGCUGGACGUCCGGUCCAAGCCUCGAGCUUUGGUGCGCCUCUACCAGGAGUGUGAGAAGCUGAAGAAGCUGAUGAGUGCCAACUCCUCCGACCUGCCCCUCAACAUCGAAUGCUUAAUGAACGACGUUGACGUUGCCAGUAAACUGAACAGAGGUCAGUUUGAAGAGAUGUGUGCUGGGCUGCUGGCCAAAGUGGAGGGUCCCCUGCGCAGCGUCAUGGAACAGACCAAGUUGAAAAAGGAAGAAAUCUAUGCAGUGGAGAUUGUGGGCGGCGCCACCAGGAUACCGUCCAUCAAAGAGCGGAUCAGCAAAUUCUUCGGCAAAGAGCUGAGCACCACGCUAAACGCAGACGAGGCGGUGGCCAGGGGCUGCGCUCUGCAGUGUGCCAUUUUGUCGCCUGCUUUCAAAGUGAGGGAGUUCUCCAUCACGGAUGUCGUCCCGUACUCCAUCUCCCUAAAGUGGAAUUCAGCUGUGGAGGAGGGACUGAGCGACUGUGAGGUUUUCCCAAAGAACCAUGCAGCUCCCUUCUCCAAAGUCCUGACCUUCUACCGGAAAGAGCCCUUCACGUUGGAAGCCUAUUACAAUAAUCCCAAGGAGCUAAAAUACCCUAAAGCCACUAUAGGUCAGUUUCUGAUCCAGAACGUGGUUCCUCAGGCUUCAGGCGAGAGCGCCAAGAUCAAAGUGAAGGUGCGCGUCAACGUUCACGGUGUGUUCAGCGUCUCCAGCGCGUCUCUGGUGGAGCUCAUAAAAGAGACAGACGGAGAGGAACCGAUGGAGACGGACCAAACGGCGAAGGACGACGAGACCAAAAUGCAACUGGACCAGGAAGAGCAGAAACCCCAUGCUGGAGACAACGAUGACAAGAAAACGGAGGCGGAGGAGAUGGAGACAUCGCCGGAGGAGGUGAAGGAGGAGAAGAAGAACGAUCUGCCUCCUCAGGCCAAGAAGGCCAAAGUCAAAACGAAGACUGUGGAUCUGCCCAUAGAGGGCAAACUGCAGUGGCAGCUGCCCGCUGAAGAACUCAAUACGUUCGUGGAGAAUGAGGGGAAGAUGAUCAUGCAGGACAAGCUGGAGAAGGAAAGAAACGACGCGAAAAACAACGUGGAAGAAUACGUGUACGAAAUGAGGGACAAACUGCACGGAGCACUGGAGAAGUUUGUGAACGAAGCUGAUCGUGACGCGUUCUCAUUAAAACUGGAGGACACAGAAACCUGGUUGUAUGAAGACGGAGAGGACCAGCAGAAGCAAGUUUACAUCGACAAACUUGCUGAGCUGAAGAAAUUUGGUCAGCCCAUUCAAAAUAGAUACCUGGAAGCCGAGGAGAGACCAAAAGCCUUUGAGGAGCUGGGCAGACAGAUACAGAUGUACAUGAAGAUCAUUGAAGCCUACAAGGCAAAGGACGAGCAGUAUGACCACCUCGAUGAGCUGGAGGUGACUCGGGUGGACAAGCAGGUCAACGAGGCCAUGGCUUGGAUGAAUACCAAGAUGAACCAGCAGAACAGUCAGGACCUCACUGUGGACCCUGUGGUCAAAGUUGGAGAAAUUAAGUCCAAAACAAAGGAGCUUUAUGCAUCCUGCAAUCAAGCGAUAACUAAAGCCAAGCCCAAGGUGGAGCCUCCUAAGGAGGAGAAGACGACGGAGAACGGGCCAGUCAAUGGACAGGCUGACCCAGAAAUCCAGCCUGGCAACCCAAAUAAAACAAAACCCACAGGCACGCAACAGGAAACGGCAGAAAACAAGCUUCCUGAAAUGGACAUUGACUAAAUCCCCCCCUCCAACGUCAGAUUUCCCUCUUCCAUUUGUACCGCUUCUUGUCCCGGUUCAGCCCUUUCUUCUGAGAUUAUUCCUGACGACACAGUAGCCCCCUUUUGGAAAAACAGACAGCAGCAUCCGUUAUCAACGCUAUUCAUCGGACCCGCCUUCACGGCAUGUUUUCUUAUAUUCUUUGAAUACAAAAAUAUUGCAUAAUAAUAUUGAACAGACUGCCUGAUGGCGUGAGAGUUGCAAGUGUGGAUUGCAAGCUGCUUAGUCUGUGCUGCGUUCAUGGCUGUUAUUGUUUAGCUUCUCUUGAACGCCUUUAAGCUAAGAAUGUCAGAUGUGGAGAGUCUGUCAGCAAAGCUGCUGUUGGCUGAAGGUAACUAAUAGUGCUCACAGAAACUGUAAAAUAUUGUUUAAAUAUAGGUUUCAAUGGAAUGGUGAAGGGACAUCAGUAGCUUAAGUUGUAAAUCUUGUGUUUAUUUUGUUUUUGGAUGAUUUUUUUUUUUUUUUUUUUCGCCACAAACACAACUCCUGGGUUAUGAUGUUCAGUUUCACUGUAUGUUCGAUUUAGAUACUAAGAGUUACUGUCAUGCAGUAUUUCAAUGUUCUGCUUUUCUCAUUCAAAAGCAAAUUAUCCGUUUGUUCUUUGGUAGCCUUGUUAUUUUAUUUUAUUUUUUUUUCUACUCAACAGGGUGGUUGCUGGUCCAACAAAAUCACCUUUUUAGGUGCUGCUGUUGCCACAUCACUGGAAAAAAAAGCAAAAAUAAAUCUUAGAACAAAAACUGG